UCCGCGGCGGUGGCGGCUGCUGCUCUUCUUCGGGUUCUGUCACGGUGUCGGCGGUGCCCAGCUCACCGGACCCCCUUCGCCGCUUCCGGCGAGCGUGGUCGGCAGAGAGGCUCUCUCAACCCUGCUCUGCGGGGUCCACAGCAGGGCGCGGGUGUCCGGCGGCGGCGGCGAGCCCGUGGGCAGUGGGGGUUGGUCCCGUGGCUCCGGCCCCCGGUGCAGAAUGGCGGCGGCGGUUCGGAUGAACAUCCAGAUGCUGCUGGAGGCGGCUGACUACCUGGAGCGGCGGGAGAGAGAAGCUGAACAUGGUUAUGCCUCCAUGUUACCAUACAAUAACAAGGACAGAGAUGCCUUAAAACGGAGGAACAAAUCCAAGAAGAAUAACAGCAGUAGCAGAUCAACUCACAAUGAAAUGGAGAAGAAUAGGCGGGCCCAUCUUCGCUUGUGCCUGGAGAAGUUGAAGGGGCUGGUUCCGCUUGGGCCGGAAUCAAACCGACACACUACAUUGAGUUUAUUGACAAAAGCCAAAUUGCACAUAAAGAAACUUGAAGAUUGUGACAGAAAAGCCAUCCACCAAAUAGACCAGCUUCAGCGAGAGCAGCGGCACCUGAAGCGGCAGCUGGAGAAGCUGGGCAUCGAGAGGAUACGGAUGGACAGCAUCGGCUCCACGGUCUCCUCGGAGCGCUCAGACUCCGACAGGGAAGAGAUCGACGUGGAUGUUGAAAGCACAGACUAUCUCACGGGCGACUUGGACUGGAGCAGCAGCAGCGUGAGCGACUCGGACGAGCGGGGCAGCAUGCAGAGCCUGGGCAGUGACGAGGGCUACUCCAGCUCCAGCAUGAAGAGAAUAAAGCUCCAGGACAAUCACAAGACGUGUCUGGGCCUCUGAGAGCGCGGGGUCGCCGCGGCUGCCUCCCGGAGGGCUCUGCCGGCCGAGUGGAUUAGGUAGCGUAUCAGACCCAACCACAGUCCCCUUGCACGUCAGCCUCCGUGUACCACCUGUACCAGAACCAGCUCUGUAAACGUUUUCCAGGAAGUGCUUAGGAUGGUGGGUUUCUGAUUGCAUCCACUAGUUUCUCUUUCUCUCCAUAAAAAUCCGUCUGCCAGACUGUACAUUCCAAUCACUCUGAAGCACCCAAGAAUUCUCAGACCGAAUAAGCAACUUUCACCACCCAGCACUCUCCCCCACCUUAUUUACUGUCCCCGGGUAGUCUAGCAUACCUGUCUUAAAGUUUUCUGGCUAUGUUACUCACCUAGCAGGAAUGUCCGAAUGUGUCUUGUGCUUAGGAAAUGGAAGGAAACAAACUUUUAAAGUUGAGAUCCUGAUCUCAGAACUCCAAAGUAAGCUUUGAAAGCGGCAUUUAAGAGCACUUCACCGUGGACCUCACCCCAGUGAGGAGUCAGGAACACCUCCAGAAAACACACCCUUCACCCGCUCCCCCUGCUCACCCCGCCCCCCACCCAGCCGCGUGUGGAUGGGAGCAGUAGUUUUCGCCUGGAAGUGGACACCAUGCUAGAGCACGUCUUUGGGGUCGCACAGCUCAUGCAAGCUCCAGCAGCGUUUGUUGUCACAAACAGGACGGUACAAUCUCUUUGUGUGCGAUGUUCUUGGGACUGCGCUGCAUACUGCUAUCCCAAGGCACGUUUUCCCCUCAAAGUUUGUUAUGCUACUUGUCUCUGGAACAUUUUUUUUUCCUACCUCAGAGAUAAACGAGAUCUCCAUUUCCCACUUAAAACAAAGUGAUUAUGCCUUUUUUUCACCCCAAAAUAAGUGACAUUGGGUCCAACUCUAAUCUAUUUUCCUAUUUAACUUUCAGCAAUAACUGAGCUUUGGCACUAGCUGAGCUAGUGUCCAUCAUCAGUGAAAGGAAAAGUCCACAUUUCUACCCUGUGUUGCAGGUGAACAGGAGGGGAUGGUACAGUGUUAUUAGAAUUCCUCUCCUUAUUUUUGGAUACACCCAGAAACUUCUUUAUGGAGGCUUCUGGGGUUGCUAGUUUAAAAGGCUGAUCUUUCUUUUUGGUUAUGAUUUCUCCCUCAAGUGGUCUCCCACUUUGUAGCAUUUUUAUUUAAGCUAAAACAGAGCACAUGUAUAUGUACAUAAGACACAUUAAAUCUAUAAAUACUAUUUAUUCAUUUUAUAUAAACUAAUGUAAUGGAAAACAAAUUCUUAUGACUUUGUGCUUUUAUAGAUGUUCUAGAAACUUUGUAUGUAGGUAUCUACAAAAUUGGUUCAUUCCCCUUAAUAUUUUUGCAUUCAUAUUUUUGAGGUCGAGGUUUUCAGCCUCUGGCAAAUCUUUUUCAUUGAAUUUGAACCAUUUGUAAAACCUGUGAUGCUGAAACAGAGUGUGUGUCACAAAGUGACAAGAACAUUCCUAAAAUCCACAGACGCACUGCAACCUAAGGGCUCCACGGCUGAAGCAGCGGCAGGCGGGUGGCCGCCCUGAGCCCCCACUGCCUGUGGUCUCUGGCCCCCCAGCCUCGCCUCGCCUCCAGCGCCUCCAACUUCUACACGACUCAGAGUUCAAAUGCGCUCCACGCGGAAGCUCAUUCAUUAGAGUGGUCUAAACAAAGCAAGAUUGUUUUUGUUCUUUCAUUUUAAUGAUUCUAAUGUAUUAAAAUUUUUAAUUGGAAAUAGUCGAUUCUUUAAAUGAUUCCAAAGUCAUCUGUACUUCUGUUUUUGUUUUGUUCUGUUUUUUUUUUUUUUUUUUUUUCCCUGAAUUUCAGCUUUUGGGGGGAGGGGGAGGGCGGGGUAGGUGACACAAAGGAUUUUUUUUUUUUUUUUUUUUUGGAAUCUUUUCCAAUGACCAGCUGAAGAUUUGCACUGAAAUACAACUUGUAUGCCUUUCGCAUUUUUAAAGCCUGCUUCCUGAAUUUAAGCAGAGUGAUAGUGUUCAAAGAGCCAGCUCAGCCUGUAACAUGUUUGAAAAGAUGUAUCUGCACUUUGAGGUCCCUUUCGAAUGCCAUUCGCUAGACCUCUCAAGCGUUUUAAUUGCUACAUUGAAGCCCGUCACAAGGCCAAGAUGCUGGAUGCCAAAUGGCAUCGAAAACUCAAGACUUUGGGCAAAGCUGGUGGGCUUGCUUUGGGGGAGGGAAGGGAACAGAAUUUGUGUAUUUGUUCGAUUUAGAAAUAAGGCAUCUGAGAGAUGCCGUUAUUUUCUGUGUUUAAGUUAAACUGCAUUUUUGUCUUUUGGUUGAAAUCUGAAAUGUACUGUCCCAAUAUAAAACAGUAAUUAUUUGACCUUU